AUGUUUUACGCUCAUUUUGUGUUGAGUAAAAAAGGACCUCUGGCGAAAAUAUGGCUGGCUGCACAUUGGGAUAAAAAGCUUACUAAGGCUCAUGUUUUUGAAACAAAUAUUGAAGGCAGUGUGGAAGCUAUUAUUCAGCCUAAAGCAAAACUAGCAUUACGAACAUCAGGACAUUUAUUAUUAGGUGUUGUCAGGAUAUAUUCUCGAAAAGCAAAAUAUCUGCUAGCCGACUGCAAUGAAGCUUUUGUCAAAAUCAAAAUGGCCUUUCGACCAGGAAUGGUUGACCUGCCUGAGGAGAACAGGGAGGCAGCCCUUUCUGCCAUCACCCUUCCUGAGGCCUUCCAUGAAUUUGAUACUGCCAUGGCUGACCUCAGUGAGUUAGAAGUGCAAAGUCAUCAGUUUGCAGUAAAUCAGAGUCGACCUGAGGAAAUAACGAUGAGAGAGGACCUGGGCAGCAUUACACUCAUCGGUGAUGAUGGAUUCGGUUAG